AUGGCGUGCGGGGCGACAUUGAAGCGGCCCAUGGAGUUCGAGGCGGCGCUGCUGAGCCCUGGCUCUCCGAAGCGGCGGCGCUGCGCCCCUCUGUCCGGCCCCACUCCGGGCCUCAGGCCCCCGGACGCCGAACCGCCGCCGCUGCUUCAGACGCAGACCCCACCGCCGACUCUGCAGCAGCCCGCCCCGCCCGGCAGCGAGCGGCGUCUUCCAACUCCGGAGCAAAUUUUUCAGAACAUAAAACAAGAAUAUAGUCGUUAUCAGAGGUGGAGACAUUUAGAAGUUGUUCUCAAUCAGAGUGAAGCUUGUACUUCGGAAAGUCAGCCUCACUCCUCAACACUCACAGCACCUAGUUCUCCAGGUUCCUCCUGGAUGAAAAAGGACCAGCCCACCUUUACCCUCCGACAAGUUGGAAUAAUAUGUGAGCGUCUCUUAAAAGACUAUGAAGAUAAAAUUCGGGAGGAAUAUGAGCAAAUCCUCUAUACUAAACUAGCAGAACAAUAUGAAUCUUUUGUGAAAUUCACACAUGAUCAGAUUAUGCGACGAUAUGGGACAAGGCCAACAAGCUAUGUGUCCUGAAGCUUUCUUGCAUAUCUGGGUAUCAGGUUUGACCUCAAGAGAUGGCUGCUGUACACUUUUUGCAACUGGUUUGAUAUCACAUUUCAGCUCCAACUUUUCAUCCUGAGAACACUUAAAUGUUUCUGCAGGUCCA